AUGAAUGUCGAAAGGUCAGAGGAUGAAUAUGAUUUUAAUUCACAUUCAAUCUCCUAUCGGCUAGCAGAGGUCAAUAUUAGAGUGGUACAACAGCAAGAUUUGCAUCUAAUCAUUCCACUCGUCUCAGUCAUCCGGCUGCCCGAAACUGUAGAUGAUCAGCAGAUACAAAUGUACCAUCAUUUGGCCUGCCUGCUUGGUUCUGGACAGCAUUCACUUGUUAUCCCACCGAAAUGGGCCUCACCAACGCCAAAUUAA